GGUGAGCAGGCGGCGGGCGGCGCCCGGGAAAGCAGCGCCCGGGGCAGGGGAGCGGCCGACGUAACGGCGGCUCCGCCACUGGCGUCUCGUAUGCAAAUAGGGCCGGGCCGGGCCGGGGCCGGGGCGCGGCGCCCGCUCAGUCGCUCCCAGGCGGGGGAGCAGCCGCGGCCACCGCAGCCCCAGGGCGCAGGGAGGAGCAGCCGCCCGCCCGGGAUGGGCCUGCUGCCCGCCCGCUCAGGCACCGCGGGGCUCGGCCGGGGGGAGGAUGAACUUCUGGAGGAGCUACUUUCUGGGCUUCUCCCUGCUCAGCGGGGUCCUGCUGCUGGCGCUGUACAGCGGCCGCCUGAGCCCGCCCAAGACCUACCGGCGGCUCAAUGAGUCCGGCCCGGGGUCCUCCCGGGAGCUGGCCUGCCACCGCGCCCUGGCCGGCCAGCCCGUGUUCUCCUGGGGCUGGACAGCGGCCUCGCCCCCGAGCAGCGACUCCUGUGAGGACUACCUGGCCCGCGGGCACUACAUCACGGCCCCGCUGUCCCCGGAGGAGGCCGCCUUCCCGCUGGCCUACGUCAUGGUCAUCCACAAGGACUUCGGCACCUUCGAGCGGCUCUUCCGCGCCGUGUACAUGCCGCAGAACGUCUACUGCGUGCACGUGGACGAGAAGGCGGCCCCCGCGUACAAGGCGGCCGUGGCCCGCCUGCUGCGCUGCUUCCCCAACGCCUUCCUGGCCUCGCGCGCCGAGUCGGUCGUGUACGGCGGCUACUCGCGGCUGCAGGCCGACGUCAACUGCCUGCGGGACCUGGCGGGCUCGGCCGUGCGCUGGCGGUACGUGCUCAACACCUGCGGCCAGGACUUCCCGCUGAAGACCAACCUGGAGAUCGUGCGGCACCUGAAGGCCUUUCGCGGCCGCAACAUCACCCCCGGGGUGCUGCCGCCCGCCCACGCCGUGGGCAGGACCAAGUUCGUGCACCAGGAGCUCCGGGGCCGAGCGGGGUCCUCCGUGAGAAGGACGGACACGCUCAAGGCCCCGCCCCCCCACGGCAUGACCAUCUACUUCGGCACGGCCUACGUGGCCCUGACUCGCGGCUUCGUGGACUUCGUGCUCCACGACCCGCGGGCUGUGGACCUGCUGCAGUGGUCCCGGGACACGUACAGCCCCGACGAGCACUUCUGGGUGACGCUCAACCGCAUUCCCGGUGUGCCUGGCGCCAUGCCCAACGCCUCCUGGGCGGGCAACCUCAGGGCCAUCAAGUGGAAUGACAUGGAGGAUCAGCACGGGGGCUGCCACGGCCACUACGUGCACGGCAUCUGCAUCUACGGCCCCGGCGACCUGCCGUGGCUGAUGAACUCCCAGAGCCUGUUCGCCAACAAGUUCGAGCUGUCCACCUACCCGCUGACCCUGGAGUGCCUGGAGCUGCAGCUCCGCCAGCGCGCCCUGAACCAGAGCGAGGUCCCGCUGCAGCCCAGCUGGGCCUUCUGAGGCCGCC